AUGAUUUAUCACAACAGCAGCAUUUUCCACCCAACCACAUUUUUCCUCGUUGGAAUCCCAGGUCUAGAAGAGAUCCACACCUGGAUCGCCCUGCCCUUUUGCACUCUUUAUCUUAUGGCUUUGUUGGGCAAUGCCACAAUCCUCUUAGUAAUCAAGACGGAGCAUACCCUCCGGGACCCAAUGUUCUAUUUUCUGGCUAUUCUUUCAACAAUUGACUUAGCACUUCCUACGACCUCUGUGCCCCGCAUGCUGGGCAUCUUUUGGCUGGAUGCUCAUGAGAUUAACUUUGCAGCUUGUGUGACUCAAAUGUUUUUGAUCCACACCUUCACUGGCAUGGAAUCCGCGGUCCUAUUCGCCAUGGCCUUUGAUCGUUAUGUGGCCAUCUGUGCUCCACUGCACUACACAACCAUCCUAACAGCCCGUGUGUUGUUUGGUAUGGGUAUGUUCAUUAUAAUUUAUCCAUCCAUGCUUGUACUUCCCAUGAUCUAUCUUAUUUACCGCCUACCAUUUUGCCAGGCUCGUGUAAUAGCCCAUUCCUACUGUGAGCACAUGGGCAUUGCAAAAUUGUCUUGUGGGAACAUUCGUGUCAAUGGUAUCUAUGGGCUCUUUGUGGUCUCCCUCUUUCUUCUGAUGUUAGUAUUUAUUGCCAUCUCCUAUGUGUAUAUACUCCAUACUGUCUUCCAAUUCCCAUCCCAGGAUGCACGGAAAAAAGCCCUAAGCACUUGUGGCUCCCAUAUCGCAGUCCUCUGCGUUUUCUACAUUCCCUCAGUCUUCUCUUUUCUUACUCACCGAUUUGGACACAAGAUACCUCGCUAUAUUCACAUUCUUAUUGCUAACCUCUAUUUGGCUAUCCCACCUUCACUUAACCCCAUCAUUUAUGGAGUGAGGACUAAACAGAUAAGAGAGCGAGUUCUCCAUGUCUUUAUUAAAAAAUAUUUCUAA